GGUAUGGUGGCGUGACUGCUUUUUUCGCUGAAAAAGUGGGUGCACAAUUCAGCGCACAACUAGUUUACUCUUGACCAACGACGAACGACGAGAUGGCAUUAAAGACCUUUGAACUUCGUAAGCAAUCUCAAGAGAAAUUGGGUGAGCAAUUACACGAGCUCCGUCAAGAGCUUGCCUCUCUCCGUGUGCAAAAGAUUGCCGGUGGUUCUGGUUCCAAGUUGUCUAAAAUCAAGACCACUCGUAAGGACAUUGCUCGUAUCUUGACUGUUAUCAACCAAUCCAACCGUCUUGCCGUUCGCGAGGCUUACAAGAACAAGAAGUACCUUCCUCUUGAUCUCCGUCAAAAGAAGACUCGUGCUAUCCGUCGCGCUCUUACUCCUUAUGAAAAGAGCCGUAAGACUCUUAAGCAAGUCAAGAAGGAACGUUACUUCCCUCUCCGCAAAUAUGCCCUCAAGGCUUAAAUUGGUUAGGCUGAAUAAAAUUUAAGUAAUUGCUCUUGCAUCUUCCUAUA